UGUGAUACCUGCCCCUUUCCUCCUGCGCGCACGCAACAACGUGCACGAGGAGAACCGGAAUUUUCCCCUCCAGCAGAAGAAGGAGUGGCUUCUUGCAGCUCCGGGCUAAACUUUGCCUCUUCGUGGCUAAAGGGUGCCAGGGCCUUGGUGUUUUGUCUUGCCGCAAACGGAACCAUUGACGUGCAUCUGCGCCCCUGAGUGAAAAGUGAAAAGCUCAUUCACACGUCGAUGACCAACUUGCAGUGCAAUGAAGAGAAAAGGUGUCCUGGACAAUCCUUCAGCACAGCAGAGCAGAGCUGCUGGUGCACCUUGUCCCAUCCAUCAUUUGUGGAGACGGGUCACAUCAAAGCAGCGGAGGCCCCAUCGAAGCGAAGCUGCUUUCAAUCACUAUGUGAACCUGCAUGAAGUUCCCCACGUAGGCGCGUCACAACUCUUUAUUGUUCCGUGAUGGAUCGGGCCUCGUUUUCCGUCAGUUCUGCUUUAUGGGUCAUUAGGUUAAAGCUGCAAACAAAUGAAAGAAAAUCGCCUCAACCGUAAGCCUUUCUGGAAACUUCAAAACGUCUUACUGUUAGCAGCUGUGGAAUUGAAAAGAGUGACUGCGGUUCCGUUUUGAGGGAAUGGCCGUGAUUGACUUGUUUUGAGAGGAAAUUCCACAUCAAUUUAUCGAUCACACACAACUAAUUCGGGUAAGGGGGUUGCAGAUGGAAAUUAGCUCUGAAUAAUUUACCAAAGGGUUAAUUGAGUCCUAUAGUGUGCCGAUAGCUCUACUAACAAUAUUCUCAGCUUUUUUUUUUACAUUUACUCACUGUGUUUGACUCUGCUUUUGAGUGCAGAAGAUAAUAAUUCUGCUAACAGCCAAACAACUAUUUAAGCGUUUUUCGUUUGCAUUCCUGCUUUAAAUCAGAACCUCUGGCAGCACCGCAUGCGCUAAAUGCUCGCAUGUGUUUCCAAAAACACUGAGCUCAGAAAUCUGAGAUGCUCCCAGACGGCAUCUAAGAGUACAAAAAUGUUGAAGAUGCAAAAUAGAUGCUCUUGUCCUUUUCAUGCUUGCGUCACAUGGUGGAACAUUUUUAUUGACUUCCAAAACUGCUUAAGAAAAGGAACUCAUGAGGCCAGUGGUUGCCAAUCCGGCCUCCGAGGACCCCAUUUGUAGCCCCCAGUGUGUGCCAGAGCAGUUGGCAUUUUAUUGCUUUGUUAAACAUUUGCAUAUCACGAAGCAUCUUCUUCAAAACCAAAGCAUAGGCGGUUCCCACCAUUUCUCAUCUUACCAAAUAUCCGACCUGUAAGAAUAAACAACACUGAUGACCAAAAGAGAGCAUCUCUCCAAGUUCCUCCCUCAGCUUGCGUUGCCCCCACCCCCAAGCGUCCACUGGGAUGAUUACAAAUUUUCAUCAAUGUGCGCUCCUGAGGGGUGGAGACAGCUUCAGCCCGCUGCCUUAAACGACUCAUCGGUGCCAUAACCACAGCCUCCAGCCACCGAACUAGUUUGCGCUUCUGUGUUCAAAAGAAAACAAACGGUGAAGCUUUGGGAUCUUAAUGUUGUACCAUGUGUAAAGGACUUGCAACACUUCCUGCAACAUGCCUGAAAAGUGCCAAAGACAUCAAACACAAAAUAAGCUUCUUGCUGCACAAGCAAGAGUCUCAAGAAGUGGACCAAAAGCAGAGAAAAGAAAAGAAUGAAGAAGCUGCAGAAAGGGUGACAACUGCUGCCGAGGUGGAGAAAUGGAAGGCAUCGUUCAGCAAUGUAAUGAAGUCUGAAUUGGGUCGUGCAGUGUUUGUGAGCUUCCUGAGGUCAGAGUUCAGCCAAGAGAACAUGCAGUUCUGGCUUGCUUGUGAGGACUUCAAGAACACUCCAGCGUGCCAGUUGGAGAAGAAAGCAAAGUCCAUCUACGAGCAGUAUGUGGCCCAAGACGCUCCAAACGAGGUGAACCUGGAAGGUGUGACCAGAGAGGAAACACGGCAGAACGUCAUGACCGCCUCUCCCCGAUGUUUUGAUGAGGCUCAGAGGAGGAUCUACCUCUUGAUGGAGAAAGACUCCUACAGACGUUUCCUGCACUCCAAAUGGAUCCUCGAUUUGAGUCAGGCCAACGCUUCUGUUGUGCGGAAGAAACCAAAAAGUGACUGCGCCGCGGUGGCGACCGGGCAGGAACUGGCGGGCGGUGCCUAGACGGGAAGGAAGACGGGAAGAACGUUUCAACAACUUGCAUGCAAGAAGUUGGUCGUGCUGUUAGCAGGGUUUCAAGAGCACAUUUUGAUGUUCAGAGAAGAAAGAAAUCCUCACGUGCAGCUUGCCUAGAGUCAGCGUUUCAUUUGUUGUUAUUGCUGGAAAGCCCUCAUGCUUUCCUUUUUGUGUGCUUUUGUGUUAUAGGAAGCACCUUUCAAUUUAGUGAAAGUACAGCUAAUGCUUUGGAUGAUUUUGCAUGCUGGACUACUAAUUUCAAGAGGCCUUUUGUAAAUCAAAAUAUAACAUAAAUUGAUUUGAAUAUAACCUUGCAUGAUUAUUUAACAACAGAAAAUACAUUUGCUAAUGUAACUAUUAUAUAUUAUUAUAUUAAUAGCUACUCUUGUCUUUGUGUAUGUGUGCAUGUGUGUGUGUGUGUGUAUACAAAUAAAAUAAACAAAAGUCAUGCAUUGAU